GUCGCGGCUGCUAUUUCGGGCUGGUGAUGACCCAAGAUGGCGGCGCCCUGCGCUUUUGAGCCCUGGCUUGAGGGUCGCCUGGAGGCUUUGGGUUUGGAUGGAGAUGUGUACGGUGGAUAUAUACGAGGCGUCCUGCGGGAAGCGGAGUGCGAUGCAGAGCGGCUGGAAGGGCUGGCAGGGGCCUUGGCUGCGGGGGAACCGGAUGAAGAUGUGUUACAAGAAGUUUGUAAAGAAAUAGUUGAAAAAUGGUCAGAGGCCCAAAAUGUUGGAACCAGUGAGAAGAAAGAAGAUGAGAUCCAAGCUAUCACAAACAUAAUUGAAAAGCAGGCACAGAUUGUUGUGAAACCUAAAGAGGUCCUGAGGGAGGAUACACUUCAGAAAGCUGCCCUCCUGGCACAAUAUGCUGAAGUGACAGAUGAUGAGGAUGAAGUAGAUGUUCCUGAAGAUCUGGGAGCAGCAGCAAUAGCUAUUGCUUCUGACAAAUCUUUGUUCAAAAAUACAAACCUGGAAGAUGUUAUGAAUGCCCGUAAGCUGGAGAGAGAACAUCUACGUGAUGAAUCCCAGCGGAAGAAAGAGCAGGACAAACUUCAGCGGGAGAAAGACAAGCUAAAUAAGCAAGAACGCAAGGAGAAAGAGAAGAAGAGGACACAAAAAGGCGAGAGGAAGCGGUAGCUAAGAACAGCUGCAGGACUUUUCUUUCUUCUUUUCUUGCCCUCCAUUAUCUAAUAGAUGGCACAGCAUGCACGUACAGCCAGAGUGAUCAGCAGACAGAAGCCUUUUGAACAUUUUACUGUGUGUUUUCAAAGCAACAGCAUGUACUUGGCAAGAUUUGUGGGGAAGGGGGAAGUUUUCUCCCCAUGAUAGAAGCUUUGAAUUAGAACUUUGUGUAUACACAUUUUGCUGUCCAAGUGUUUGGCUGAAUUGUCAUGGCCAAGAUCUAUAACCAAAGAACUGGUGACUUUCUUUUUCCUCCUUGUCACUUUCUACUCUUAUUAAGUACUUUCGUGAAAGCUGUAAAGUUAAGGGAACUCCUGUAAUAUUCAGUCUACCCAAAGGUUACUUUUAGGUGGUGGAACUGUUGAGGAAAAACUCAAUUUGCUACAUGUAUUUGUCAAGAAAAGGUAACACGCCAUGAUCAGCUUAUAAUGUUGAAUUUAGAGCUAUGCUGUAAACAUCUGACAUCAAAUGUGAGACGGCCUAUUUCAUCUGGUUGGGAUUGGCCUAAUAAAUUGAAGUGUGAUUUCA